AUGCCAUCUGCCACCGCAUCUGGCGCCGACAGGCCCAGUGGUGCCCAUUCUCGUCAGCACAACCAAGGAAACCAAGACAGAAAAUACACCCCAGAACAAAAGGCAGCGGUAUUAAGAGUACGGAAAUGCUCUGCAACAGCGUUCUAUGAGAUUCUGGCAGUUGAGAAAACUGCGACAGAUGGAGAGAUCAAGAAGGCUUAUCGGAAGCUCAGCUUGUUGACCCACCCAGACAAGAAUGGCUACGAAGGCGCAGAUGAAGCGUUCAAGAUGGUAUCGAGGGCAUUCCAGAUAUUAUCAGAUGCAGAUAAGAAAACCAAAUAUGACAGAUUUGGUGGAGAUCCUGAUAGCAGAUUCAACGCUGGGGCAUCGACUUCUUCACCAUUCGGCGGCUUUGGAGGCUUCCAACAACAUCCCGGGCGACAAUAUGCUUACGAAGAGGAGAUUUCGCCGGAAGAACUCUUUAAUAGGUUCUUCGGUGGAGCUGCAGGCGGAGGAUUCGGGCCGUUCGGAGGUGGCAUAUUUGACGGCGGCCCCCAGUUUGUCUUCAACAUGGGAGGCGGCCCUGGUUUCCGCGUACAUCAGUUUGGGGGAAAUCGGCCACGACGACGCCCGAGAGACACAAAUGAGCCGGAUCCUUCUCAGGCACCCCCAGGGGUCGCAUCGCUCUCGCAGUUUCUUCCUCUUCUCUUACUAUUUAUCCUACCUUUCCUUUCAAACCUAUUCAGCAACACUUCACCUUCCACGCCGUCUUUCAAACUCCACACCCCCGAUCCACCGCAUACGCUUCAACGAAUGACUCCGAAACUCAAACUCAAAUACUUUCUCAAUCCAACAGAUAUUGAAGACUAUAGCCCGCGCAAACUCCACCAGCUAGAUCAGAGAAUCGAGGUUGACUACGUGGCCAACCUACGACGUGAAUGCCAGAGUGAGAUAAAUUAUCGCGAUCGCCUGGUUCAAGACGCUCAAGGCUGGUUUUUCCCAGAUGUUGAGAAGAUGAGAGAAGCACAAGAUCUAGAGCUCAAGAGUUGCGCAAAGCUAAAAGCACUCAGUAGCUGA